AAGCAUCACUUCACCCUGUGAAUUGGCAGGUUAAUUUCAAUAUAUAUUUGUCUAGACAAUAAUAUUUCAUAUCAAUUAGCAGCUUCCGAUACGUACGUACGUACGUACUGAUUCAUGGGAAGAUCAAACAUGUUCAUACAUCUCCGGAGAACAGCUAAGGGAGCGGAGAAUACUACUGGGAUCUGCAGAUACUUAGGAAGAGAAGUUGGGUCGAAGCAGCUGCUGGUUGAUCAAAAGACAAAGAGUGGUAGUUUAGGGAAGAAGGCAGUAGUGGAUUCAACAUCAUCAUAUUCAAGUUGCUGGGUUCCACACCCAAGGACUGGAAUUUACUUCCCUGUUGGCCAUGAAUGGGUAAUGGAAGAUGUUCCUGAUGGUGCUGCCACCUUCUCCGAGACCUGUUACUUCAGAAACUAAUCAUGUUUUCUAAUUCAUGUUAUUGCUAGCUAUUGUGGUCGGAGUGGAUGGCAUUCAAAAUGAACUAAUGUAAUAUCAUACGUAUACCUCCAUCACCACCAGAAAAUAAAUACACUAUGUUUACUAUAUUAUCUGUGGAGCUUUCAGAGCUCCGGCAUCCACCACCACCAUC